UGGUGUGCUUGGCUCCGGUCUCCACCAUCUGACCACCUUGGUGGCACAGCUCGGGGCUGCCCACCCUUGCUGCGAGACUCACGUGAAGCGUGUCUGGUUUUAAAAGGAGGGCCCCAGCUUAUGUGUUGCGUUUUGUUAUUUGACCACGAUAUCUGUUACGUACUAAUUUCCUUUAAGACUUGUGAUGAAGUUGGUAAACCACAGCCUGCCGCGAGUUCUCUCCGGGCUGGUGCCUUCCGCUGCCGCACACUCUUGACAUGUCUGUUCCCAGUUUGGGCAGCCCAGUCGUGCUCAGUCUCCAGCAACAUGGACCAAAGGGAGAUUCUGCUGCAAAACCUGGAAAGGGCACAAGACAAGAAGCUCAACCGAGACAAGUUUGCAGAGGAGUUUUUGAAGCUGAAAAGGCAGUCAACAAAGUACAGAUCAGAUAAAAUCUACCCUACAGCAGCAUCUGAGCAACCAGAGAACAUCAAGAAGAACAGAUACAAGGACAUCUUACCCUUUGACCACAGCAGAGUGGAGCUGUCCCUAAUUACAUCAGACACAGAUUCUCACUACAUCAAUGCCAACUUCAUCAAGGGCAUCUAUGGGCCAAGAGCGUACAUUGCAACCCAGGGUCCUCUCCCCACUACUGUCAUUGACUUUUGGAGGAUGAUUUGGGAGUAUGAAGUCCUGAUUGUGGUCAUGGCUUGUAUGGAGUUUGAAAUGGGAAAGAAGAAAUGUGAGCGGUACUGGGCAGAGGUGGAUGGCUCUCCCCUGCAGUGCGGUCCUUUCUCCAUUGCCUGUAAAGCUGAAGAGAAGAAAAAUGAGUAUGUGAUUAGGAGGUUAAAGGUGACCCUGAAUGAGGAAAUCCGCACCGUCUACCAGUUCCACUAUAAAAACUGGCCUGACCACAAUGUUCCCUCAUCUAUUGACCCCAUCCUGGAGCUCGUUGGCGAGAUUCGCUGCUACCAGCCAGGUGACAGCGUCCCCAUCUGCAUCCACUGCAGUGCAGGCUGCGGGAGAACAGGAGUCAUCUGUGCAGUCGACUACACGCAGAAGCUGCUGAAGGAUGGGAUUGUUCCAGUGAACUUCAGUGUUUUUAGUCUGAUCCAGGAAAUGCGCACACAAAGGCCUUCCAUAGUGCAGACCAAGGAGCAGUAUGAGCUGGUUUAUGAUGCAGUGAUUGAGCUCUUCAAAAGGCAGAUUAAAGCACUCGAUGCCCAGGAAGAUUCUGCUGCUUCACAGGUACAAGCAAAGCAUCCUGUAGUCAAGCCACUUCUGAGUCCAGUGGAAGAUAUUUAUGCCCUGAGUUUAUUAACCUGCUCAGAGCAAGAGAAGCAAGAUGUGCAUCAGCGUUGUCCUCCGGUGGUACAAGGCAAAGCAUCCCUGACAUCGUUGUCUGCCACAGGAGUACAUGAGAGCUCUGGAUGUGGAGUCCCUCCCAUCAGACAGGCCACCUCCUUCAGCGCUUUGAACUUCAUCACCUGCAGGAAGGCAGCAAAUGCUGAGAAGUGGGGCACUGGGGAUGCUCUUCAGAAACACCAUAGUUUGGAGUUCAACCACAUCUCUCCUGAGCAGCUGCCUCUGAACCUGGAGCCAACGGGAGCAGGCAGGAGAGGACCUCAUGGCAGAGCACCUCUGACAUGGACUGCAUCGACCCCUUUUGUGCUGGCACAGCGGGGAAAAGGCUGGGAAUGGGACAGAGGGGAUGCAAAGCCUGUUUUGAGUUCACAGUUGCCAAAUGCCUGUUCCUCAAGCUUUCGGAUGAAGAAGCAGUACGGAUUUUCCCCUGUUGAGCUGAACCACUUGAGGAAAGAAGUGGAUGGCCAUCCAAGCCACAGGGACUAUGGGCAACGUCCUUACUCUUGCUUCUGCUCAGCAGAAGACCCCUACUUCUCUUCACUCUCCCCAGAUGAACCCACGUCCCCGGUGUUUACUGCGUGCUUUGUGGAGGGCCAGGAUGCACUUCUCCCUCCUUGUGCUGUGAGUGCCCCACCACAGCCUGCUGUGGCCAGCUCCCUACCAUCCAGAUCUGCAUCUCACCACACUCCCCUGCUGAAGGAUGAGAGGAUAUCCUCCCUGACCACACUGCCAAAGCCAGAUGAUGAUGAUCCUCCACCCCUGCCUGAGCGAACCCCCGAGUCCUUUAUUGUGGCCAGUGACUCUGGACAACUUCCUCUGGCAACUUCUGAUUUCCAGCUUCCAGCCAGAAACACACAUAUCGGAACCUCUCUGGAGUGGGGUGGUGAGUCUCACUCAGAGGUGUUCAAUGACUUAGUGAGACUGAGACCAUGUAAGAGCGUGAAGCUUCAGAGCCCACAAACAGAGACAACCUGGGAUUGCUCUAGCUCUCCUCCCCCGCUUCCUGAAAGAACCCCGAAGUCAUUUGUUCUUGCUGAUGCUGCAAGUCUGCAACCUGCUGCAAGAAAUUCUACGUGUCCUGUGGGCUUGGAGAGCAAUGCUGCCAAAACAUCAUCAAAAGAGUCUACUAAAUGCUUCAGGAGAAGCAAGAGCUUGAAAAUACUGAAAAGCAUGAGGAAGAGCAUCUGUAGUCCAUCUUCACUGACAAAAGCACCAGAUUCUGCCCCGUCAAACGAUUCAAGGUCCUUCCUUAACUUUGGCUUUGCAAAUCGAUUUUCAAAACCUAAAGGACCAAGAAAUCCGCCACCAGCAUGGGAUAUUUAGAAGGAUGGAUUUGAGCUUUCUGAAACAGCAGUGGAAACUGGUGAUAGGAUCUAGUGAAGACUACCGAAUGGUAUGGAAGGCCAACAGAGUGGACCAAAGCGGAAUGAGACUCCGGAUCGUGUAGCCACAGCAUCUGUGUGACUUCACUCACCUGUGUAGGUUUGCCAUAAUCAAAGACACUUACAGAGUCAAAUUCCUUAAAUGUUUACAUCACUUGGACUGAAAAAGAUGAGCAUCUCAGAUUUCAGAAAUAAUUUUUAAGUUUUUUUUCAUUUGAGUGAAUCAGUUUAUCUAGAUUUUUGGUCACUAAGACCAAGAUGCCGAUUGAUCAUACAGAAACUAAGCCAGUCUACCAGGCUGCAGAAUUCCCUGAUCAAACUGCCCUUGCUGUCUGAAAAAAAAAACCCCAAACCCAAAACACCACCACAGCAAGCAAAAUAUUGUGGUUUUAAAGCAAUGCAGUUUUUAAGGAUUUGUGACUGUAGCACAAAAUUUCAGAUGGUUAUCUCAGAUGACAAGAUUUCUAGACAAAUUCCACUGCUACUUAUAUCCUCAGUGGGGAGGGAUAAAGAUGUUGAAAAUGACUUUGUAUGAUUAUUUUUCUGUAGAAAGAGGAAAACAAAGUAGGUUUGAUUUUUUUUAAAAAAGGUUUCCUUUUUUUGUUUUUUCCCUUUUAUUUAAAAAAAAAAUAAAUAUCUACCUG